GGCGAGCUCAGCAGCGGCUGCUAUAGAGAGCGCAGCAUCCGAGACAGCGCUGUAUAGGGAGGGAGGCUGCCGCCUGACACAUACUAGAACACCCGGAUCUGCAACUGAAGAAGCCUGGGAAGGGGCUGGGGAUUGUAGAGAGGAGAUGCCGACGGUCUUGGUCCUUCUUAGCCUCCUAGUAGGCACCCUAGAAGUUCAUGCUGCCCCUCUGGAUAAAGGAAUGCAUCCAGAAGAAAUGGUAACACGUUGUAUCGUUGAAGUACUUUCAAAUGCUUUGGCAAAACCCAACGCUCCAUCCAUUGACCCGGAAUGUAAAGAAAUCCUGAAAAAAAACAGUCAGCAUAGUUCAGAUGAAAAAGAAGAUGAACAGAAGCAGUAUGAAACAAGAAACAUUAAGGAUUUUGGUGGUAUGGAUAACCACCAAUAUGAAAGCAAUGAAGAAGAAAAACAUAAUCAAGAUUUACCAAAAGAAGACAACGAAGAGAAAUGGCACCAUGCAGAAGAUAAAAGUAAAGAGGAAAAGGAAGAAGAACAAAAGCAUGAAGAAGAUAAAGAGGAGAGCACUGGACACUCCAAAGAAAGGGACUUUGUUAAUGAUGAUGAUGAAGAUAAUGGGGAUGAUGGGGUAAUGGGGGAUCACAAGAACCAUAAUGAGAAAGAAGAAAUUGUAAAAAAGGACAAAUAUCAUGAAGAUCCACAAGAGGUAAAACAUGAUAUUUUUGGCAAAAAAGUUCACCAAACAGCUAAAAGUAUUGAAGAAUUCUCACAGGAAGAUGAGGAACCAAACCACUUUGAGGAGAUCUUUAAGAGACACCACAUGAGUCAAAGUCCAAAAGAACCACUUUUUCAUUCAGACAAAUACCAGUCAGCUCACUCUGAUGAAACUUCUGAAGAAUCUAAUGAAAAAGAAGAAGAACGAAAAAGAAAUCACAACCCAAAACACAAUGACUUUGUGCAAAGAUUCCUUGACUAUGAAAAGAGAAGUCGUCAAGGGCAACAGAGGAAUUACUUUCCUUCAGAUGAAGAUAUAUUUCACUACAGGGGACAAAAAUCACACUUUGGACAAGAACCUUCUGAGAAGCACCUAAAGAAUAAUUAUGAGAAGAGAACACACCAUGAGAUGGAAAGUUCUGAGGAAUCAAGAGAGAAGAGGCACCACCACCAAGACAGCGAGGAAGAGAAUGACAACAAUGAUAGGAAUGACGAAAGCAAUGAGAAAGAGUUCAUGGGACAUCACUAUGAAGACAAGAAACAUUAUUCAGAGAUCAAGAGGUGGCUAAGUCAGAAAAAUACUCUACCAAAUUAUGACCAAAAUAAUGAAGAUAGUCAGGAGACCAAGGAAGACAUUGAGAAACGCCAUAAAGAUGAUAGACUAGAGAAACAAGAACUCUACAGGAAACUGAAAAAUCAUCUCCAGGACAGUGAAGAAGAUAGAUAUUAUAAACCAGAAAAGAAACAAGAAGACAAGAGACACUAUAUAGGUGAUGAAAUGGUGGAUGAGAUGAAAAGAUAUUAUCCAGACUUGUCAUACGAGCAAAACACAAGACAUUACAAUGGAAAAAAUACGGAGGAAUCUAUUUACCCCAGUAAUGACAAGUACAAGAGACAACACUCUGAAGAAGAAACCAGAUUAUUCAGCCAGUAUGCCAUUCCUGAUGACCAUUUUAGGUGGAAUAACAGAUAUUAUGAGAACAAUGAAAACAGUGUAGAAGAAAGAAAGAGAAGUUUGCAAAACAAAAACCUGUCCCCAGACUAUGAUGACUAUGACCUGUGGGGUAAAAAGCAAUUCCUCGAUGACAUAAAUCAUGAAUAUGGUGAAAAAAGGAAUCCGCUCAAAAUUCCCAAGUUUGAAGAAAAAAGACAAUAUGACAGAAUGGACGAGCUGGCUCAGCUACUGAAUUAUAAAAAGAAAUCUGUUGAGUUUCCAGAUUUCUAUGAUUCAGGAGAAAUAAAAAAGCGCCAUUUUAAUGAACGGAGCCGACUGCACCAGAGGCCUUUAACACAGGAGGAGGAGAAGGAAUUGGAGAAUCUGGCUAUUAUGGACCUGGAGUUGCAGAAGAUUGCCGAAAAACUUAGCAAUAACAGACAAGGCUGAUAGAAAGCGAGUAGCAAUACCUGGAGAGCGAUACUAUAUUUAGCUAAAAACAUUCCUUGUCAGUGCCUCUUCAAAAGAGAAAAAAAUGUAUUUAGUCAAGACAAGCAAAAUGUAGUUCAUUGUUCACAAAUAGUAUUUUACAAAGUUGAAAAUGUCUGUUCUGACUCUUGCUGUUGAUACAAAGGUAAAUGACAUAUUCAUACAUAUAUAAGAAACAUUUUACUAUGCUUGUGCAAUUGUUUUUGUGUAAUUGUACUUUAAUACAUCUUUGUCUUGAGAUUUGAAAUAAUAAAAGCAAACAUAAUCUUG